CCCUUGCAGGGAAGUCGAGAUCUCAUUGAACACAAUCGUCACUUGUGUUCUCUGGCCUAACAGGCCUCCAUAGCACCUCCUGUGAUAGAGGCUCCAUUAGAAGUUUGGGCCACGCAUUUUUUUCCGUAAGAAAGCUGUUACCAUUCGUCCGCGAGUGGCGGCCGACGAGUCGACCGCCCUAGCUCACGUCCCAGCGCUGUCACUGCCGGGGUCGACUGCUUCCACUCCCCCACUCCCUUCCCGUCGCAUGACCUAGCGUCGCCAUGGCGCCGACGCUAGCGAAGCGAUGGCAGCGCAUGUUCUCGACGUCGCACAGCCAUCGGUCGCCCGGCCAGGAGCACCACCACGACGACCAGCCCUGCGCGCCGCCAUGGGCCAACCACCCGCCGCCGCUCGGCCGCCGCGCGAGCCUACCGGACCGCGGGUACACGUCGCCGCAGCCGCACCACGAGCAGUCCUCUCCUUUCCAGCCGUCGCCGCACCACCAGGCGUCCCCUCACCACCAACAGUCGUCGCAUCACGCGGUGCACGGCGCGUCGCCGCAACACCCGCACCAACACCCACACCAGCAGCAGCAGCUCCAGCAGCAGCGCGGGCUGAAGCACAGCACGUCGCGCACGUCGCUCGACGGCGCGGACGACGACCGGCCGCCUGGGCGCGACCGGCGCGGGCGGCGCGGGCGGCGCGGAAAUGGUGUCGGUGAAGCUGGUGAAGUCUGAUUGGCUGGAGAUCGUGAACGCGCUCGAGUCGGCUUCCAGCAGGUGUGAGCACUGCGGGGAGCCUUCCCCCUCCGCGCCUCCCGCCGUCUCGCUGCCCGCCACGCAGCGCCUCUUCGCGCAGCUCAAGGCGCGCAGCACCAGCGGCCGCGUCGCGGGCGCAAACGAGGACGUGCUCGGGCCGCUCUCGACCGGCGCCGCUCGCAGUCGUCGCGCGAGGGCAUCGGCAUCGGCGGCGGAGCCGGCGUGGGCGGCACGGCCGGCAGCUCGGACCGGCCUCGCCGUUCGGCUGACGUCCAGCGACCAGCGCGUCGACGUCCUCCCGGCGGCGGUCACUGAACCUUCCCCGCGCGCGGGAGAACGAUGCGGAGCUGCCCUCUAGCGGCCCGCUCGGCCAUAUCCAGCCGCGCGACGCGGCGGCGGCGGGGGCGGCGGGUAUGGCGGAGGGGUGGGAAUGGAUAGAUUCGGCGGAGUUUCCGCUUCCGCCA